AUGAUGAUGGUGGACACGGUCAGCGCCAGCACCUCCUUCAUCGCGCGCCACCCCUCCGACCACCACCGGCCCCGCCGGCCGCGGACCCUCCUCCACGUCGUCAGCUGCCGGCCCCUCGCCACGCCCUUCGCGGGCCGCCGCCUCGUGGCCCGGGUGCCCAGGCCGGAGCGCCAGCGGCUCGCGGACUGGCCCGUCAGGGCGCUGGCCGCCGUCGGGUUCACCAAGGAGGCCGUCCCGUGGAAGGAGUUCCGGGGGAUCCCAGGGGACGGCGACAACGGAUUAGGGACCGACGACGCCGCACCCCCAGCGGCGGUACCGUCGUGGCCGCCGCGGAACAGGGCGGACGACCCGAGCCUGCACAACCCGCUGCUCCGGCUGGAGCGCAUGGGCUGCGGCUGGGUCGGCGUCAUCUUCGAGUGGGAGGGCGUGGUGGUGGAGGACGACACGCGGCUCGAGCGGCAGGCGUGGCUGACCCUGGCCGAGGAGGAGGGCAAGUCCCCACCCCCGGCUUUCGUCCUGCGGCGGGUUGAGGGGAUGAAGGCGGAGCACGCGGUCUCCGAGGUGCUCUGCUGGUCCCGGGACCCCGCGGAGCUGCGGCGCCUGGCGGCGCGCAAGGAGGAGAUCCACGGCGGGCUCCGCGGCGCCGCCAGCCAGAUGCGGGACGGGUCGCGGGAGUUCAUGAGCACGCUCGUCAACUACAAGAUCCCCCUUGCCGUGGCCUCCACGCGGCCCCGCAAGGCCGUCGAGGCGGCCAUCGACGCCGUCGGCGCUCGGGGCUUCUUCGACGCCGUCGUGGCCGCGGAGGACGUGUACCGGGGCAAGCCCGACCCCGAGCUGUUCCUCUACGCCGCACAGCUGCUCGGCUUCAUCCCCGAGCGCUGCGUCGUGUUCGGCAACUCCAACUCCGCCGUGGAGGCCGCGCACGACGCCCGUAUGAAGUGUGUGGCCGUCGCGAGCAAGCACCCCGUCUACGAGCUCGGCGCAGCCGACCUGGUGGUCAAGCGGCUCGACGAGCUGUCCGUGGUUGACCUCAAGAACCUCGCCGACAUCGACUCCCCCGAGUUUGGCAUGGAGCCCGAGCCGGAGAUGGAGGAGGAGGAGGAGGAGGCGCCACCAUCGACCGCGGUGGGCGUCGACGAUAUAUUCUUGUAG